CUGUUUAAAAGCUGCUGCACAUUCUCCUGUCUGCCGUGCAGCUCCGCAGUCUCUCUCUCCCCUCCUGUCCACUUCAUUAACACAUUUAUCCAAGCAACAAACCCUCUCAUCCCGCUAUGUCGGCCGCCAGCACCGAAACCAGUGCCCCUCUGCCCACCGCAGGCAGCCGCGUCUUCUUCCAAGGUGCGCCCGGUGUGGGCUGCGUGAGCUCCGGCCCCAUCAACGGUGAGGACCCGGUCCAGAAGAAGCAAGGAAAAGUGACGGUCAAGUACGACAGGAAGGAGCUGCGGAAGAGACUCGUGCUGGAAGAAUGGAUCAUCGAGGAGCUCAGCAAGUUGUAUGACUGUGAGGAGGACGAGAUGCCAGAGGUAGAGAUUGAUAUUGAUGACUUGCUGGAGGUCAACAGUGAUGAUGAGAGAGCCAGCAAACUACAGGUAUCCCUAACAGACUGCUACAAACCCACAGAGAACUUUGUCAGUGAGUUGCUGUGCAGGAUAAGGGGGAUGAGGAAACUCAGCGCUCCGACCAAGAAGGGCCUAUAAUGGCUUACUUGUCCAGUAUCUACCAACCAUAAACUAUGUCACUACAGCUUCACACACUUUACUCACCCAACAUGAACUGUCAUAAUACAGAAUUGUUUAUCAAAACUCUAGGAAACACCCCGCAAUCUGCCAACAUUCACUACAAUAUCCAUAAUCUGGCACCCGUCAUUCAUUUUAAAGCACAGAGGAUUACAAGUCAUGAUAACAUAAGACUGUUGACAGUUACUUGCGCAAAAAAAUAAAAUAAAAUAAAAUAAAGAAAAAACAGUGUGUGUUUUGAGUGAUGGAUAAAAUGUCAAGACCAGGAAUGUGCCCGGACUGCGAGCAUGUUUAAAACAAGAAUAUCACCACCUAAAUCUACAUGUUCAGUUCACACAUUUUAAAAACCAACCUUCCAAAGAAUAAUAAAAAAAACCUUCAAAACAAAACAAGAACGAAAUUAAUCAAAGGAGGUGGUUGAAAAAAUAGUUACUAUAGGUGCACAAUUAGCUGAAGCUCUAUACAAACACAAUUCUUUAUUAUUAAGUUUUUUUCUUCUUUUACUGGAGUGUCUGCUGUUACGUCAAAAAAAACAUUAAAAAAAACUUGUUCUUGAGUCAAAAGUGGUUUUCAGCCGUUUGUUUUCGUCAACCUUUUUUGUUCACAUCACGUCAGUGCUAUCAGUUGUGAAAGAAAGCUGUUCUUUUGAUUUUUAAGAGCAUUAUAAUUAUACACAAUGAAUCUGUUCAGUCCAUUGUUUUAUGUAAAACCUCUGAAUGGAGUGGCGACAUAUUUAACAAAACACUACCAAUAUUUUUGCUAGUUAUUUAAUGUUGUACUUUUCAUCUCAGCAAGGCAUGAUGGGUGUUGCAGUUCUCUGUUCGAGACUACAAAGACCUGUAUGAUUGGCAGCCUUUCAUUGAUCUUGUUCUACGUGCUCCGUCUGAGGGCUGAUGUGACCAUUUAUGCUCCAACAUUGUAGAUUAUUCUCAUUGGCUUCAUUUACCUCUGCUAACAUGUUUUUUUCUGAUAGCGGAUAAUGUUGCCUUUAAGGACAUUCAGGAUGAGUUCCGAUUUUUGGCAGCACCAAGCCUCAGCUACCGACAGCUGAAGGGUAAAUGUCGUGAGGUCAAACCCUGAAGCCAACAUGCAGUACAUUGGUUGUAAAGAGUUCACACACCCCUAUCAAAACACUAGUUAUGUGAUGUAAAAAAAUGAGACUAAGAUAAAUGAUUUCAGAGUGUUUUCCACAUUUAAUGUGUCCAAUAACACAUGCAACAAAACUUUUAAAUAUUGAAAUCUUUUGGGUUUAAAAGAAAAAAACAACAAUAAUGUGGUUGCACAUCCACAAGGUAAUGCUUUAUCGCAGCUCCUUUGGGUUUUAUUAUCACACCACCCGUCAGGCUUUGCAGACCUGGCAAAGUUUGACGACUGCCCUUCAGAAUUGCGAAGUUGUCAUUUGUGUUCUUCUGAUUGACACUUUUUGACAUCGAGAUCCCUCUGAUGAUUUAAAAGCUCUACGUAAUCCAUGGCUUUCUCUGUGACAUGGAAAAACCUACUGCAAUUGUUGAAUUUUAUUUAGUGUCGAUCAGAGGCACUUCGAUUAACACCAAAAUUUCCCUAAAAUGCAAAAGCUUUUUAUUUUUUUUACUGAGAUGUUUAAAGGUCAUAUUAAAGGUGGAAAGUUUAAGCAUCACAAAAAUCUCCCAUUCAAACAGGGGCGUGGUAACUUUUUAGAUCCAUUUGAAAGGCAACACUCCAAUCAGUCAUGUUCUGUAAUUGAGGGUGUGCCAAACGUAUCACAUCCAAAAUGUCAUAUGUCAUGAGUCAUAAUUUUCAUACUGAAUUUUAAAACAGACUGUUUUUAGGUUAAAACUAAGUGAAUACAAACUUUAAGGCGUUUAAACCUUUGCAUUUUGCAGAGAAUGUUGCAACUGCAUAUAACCAGGUUUAAAAGAAUGGGUGAAGGUAUCAAUUAAUGAUGGUGGCCUUUUACUACACCAACAACACUAACAAACCUGUAGACUCUGAUACAAUCAUGCAUUAUGGCUUUGGGCUCAGUAAUUUUCAAAGUAGAUGUACGAGUUAGAUCAGGCCAGGCUUACACCUGCCACUGGAUCCAUCAACUUCUAAAGAAAAAAACAGAACAAUAUUGGAUUAAAACAUAAGAGAGACACCCAUUUGCAUGCUAACAGCAGAGAUUCAUAGAGAGUAUAAUAUAACCUUAUAUUUAAGCAAAAAAAAAAAAAUCUUUUUUUGACUUGCCUAAGAUGUAUGACUUUGUAGAUCAAUUACUGUGGAGUCAACGUGAGUGUCACGUUGGAAAGAAUCCAGGAAAAAUUUAAAUGGUGCUGUUUUUGAUGUUCUUCCCAGAAAUUAGUUGUGUAUACAAAGCAUUUUCACUGUUGAAUGAUGCCAGAGAAAUGUGUUUGAAAGAAACAUGUCUGUUUAAAA